GCGGCGGGGGGGGGAGGCGGGUGCGGAGGAGGCGGCGGAGGAGGAGGAGGAGGAAGAGGAGGACGCGGCGGCGACGGCCCGGCGGGCGGCUCGGUGUGGAAUGCAAUUAUGGCUGGCACGGCGGAGGCGAGCGGGGACCGGAGCCGGCUGACUGGACUGGCCGUGCCCACGAUGCCCUGAAUGCCGAGCGCAGCGGAACCAGAGGAGACUGUGUCCCGUUAGCUUCUCCUCCCUCCCUCAUCCCUUUAGUUUGGGUUUGUUUCUAUUUAUUUUGUGGUUGGGUUUGGGCAUGGCCUUGGCCGAAUGCGAGGCUGCCGCGAUGUGGCUCCUUUGGCUCAAGCACCACUUGUCCAUCAACGUUUGGACCUUGCUGCUCUUGGGGAGCACCUGGCUACCGCUGGCGGAAGGCAGCCCCAAGUCUCCCUUUAGGACUUUCCCGGUUACAGACUGGAGCUUGACGCACUUGGUGGUCCACAACAAAACCGGGGAGGUCUACGUGGGGGCUGUCAAUCGGAUCUACAAGCUCUCCAAUAACCUCACGCUCCUGCGGACCCACGUGACGGGGCCUGUGGAGGACAAUGAGAAAUGUUACCCGCCGCCCAGCGUUCAGUCCUGCCCGCACGGGCUGGUCACCACCAACAACGUGAACAAACUGCUGCUGGUGGACUACUCGGGGAACCGGCUGAUUGCCUGCGGCAGUGCCUCCCAGGGUAUUUGCCAGUUCCUGCGGCUGGAUGACCUCUUCAAGUUGGGUGAGCCCCACCACCGCAAGGAGCACUACCUCUCCAGCGUCAACGAGUCGGGCACCAUGUCUGGGGUCAUCAUCGAGGUGCUGAAUGGGCAGAACAAGCUCUUCAUUGGGACACCCAUUGAUGGGAAAUCGGAGUACUUCCCCACACUCUCCAGCCGUAAACUGAUGGCCAACGAGGAGAACGCGGAGAUGUUUGGCUUUGUCUACCAGGAUGAGUUUGUCUCCUCCCAGCUCAAGAUCCCCUCGGAUACACUCUCCAAGUUUCCCACCUUUGACAUCUACUACAUCUACAGCUUCAGCAGCGAGCAGUUUGUUUACUACCUGACCCUGCAGCUGGACACCCAGCUCACCUCACCCGACUCCACUGGGGAGCAGUUUUUCACCUCCAAGAUCGUCCGCCUUUGCGUGGACGACCCCAAGUUCUACUCCUAUGUGGAGUUCCCCAUCGGUUGUGUGCAGGACGGCAUUGAGUACCGCCUGAUCCAGGACGCCUACCUGACCAAACCUGGCAAGGCUUUAGCCAAGUACCUGGGCAUCUCGGAGCGGGAGGAUAUCCUCUUCACCAUCUUCUCCCAGGGCCAGAAAAACAGGGUUAAGCCUCCUAAGGAGUCUGUGCUCUGCCUCUUCACGUUGAAGAAGAUCAAGGAUAAGAUCAAGGAGCGUAUCCAGUCGUGCUACAGAGGGGAAGGGAAGCUCUCACUGCCCUGGCUCUUGAAUAAGGAGCUGGGCUGCAUCAACUCGCCGCUGCAGAUUGAUGACAACUUCUGUGGCCAGGAUUUUAACCAGCCGCUGGGUGGGACCGUCACCAUCGAGGGGACCCCGCUCUUUGUGGAUAAGGAGGACGGGAUGACCUCGGUGGCUGCCUAUGACUACAGAGGACAAACCGUCGUCUUUGCGGGCACACGGAGCGGCAAGAUCAAAAAGAUCCUGGUGGACUUGCAGGCCGAGAGGAAGCACCAAGCGCUGCAGUAUGAGAAUGUCGUAGCCCAUGAGGGCAGCUCCAUCCUGCGAGACCUGGUGCUGAGCCCCGACCGCCAGCACAUCUAUGCCAUGACCGAGAAACAGGUGACGCGGGUGCCGGUGGAGAGCUGUGAGCAGUACGAGAGCUGCGAGCUGUGCCUGGGCUCCCGGGACCCCCACUGCGGAUGGUGCGUCCUCCACAACAUAUGUUCCCGCAAGGACCGGUGCGAGCGGGCGGACGAGCCCCAGCGCUUCGCCUCCGACCUGCGGCAGUGCGUCCAGCUCACCGUCCAGCCCAAGAACAUCUCGGUCACCAUGUCGGAGGUCCCGCUGGUCCUGCAGGCCUGGAACGUCCCAGACCUCUCAGCAGGAGUCAACUGCUCCUUCGAAGACUUCACCGAGUCUGAGAGCCGCAUUGAGGAUGGGAAGAUCUACUGCAGCUCUCCCUCUGCCAAGGAUGUCAUCCCCAUCACUAGAGGCCGUGGGGACAAGCGAGUGGUGAAGCUCUACCUGAAAUCCAAGGAGACGGGGAAGAAGUUUGCCUCUGUGGAUUUUGUUUUCUACAACUGCAGCGUCCAUCAGUCCUGCCUGUCCUGUGUCAACGGCUCCUUCCCCUGCCACUGGUGCAAGUACCGCCACAUCUGCACGCACAACGCCGCCGACUGCUCCUUCCUGGAGGGACGCGUCAAGCUCUCUGAGGACUGUCCCCAGAUCCUGCCCUCCACCCAGAUCUACAUCCCUGUCGGUGUGGUGAAGCCCAUCACCCUGACGGCCAAGAACCUGCCGCAGCCGCAGUCGGGCCAGCGCAACUACGAGUGCAUCUUCCACAUCCCCGGCGGCACCACCCGCGUCACCGCCCUGCGCUUCAACAGCACCAGCAUCCAGUGCCAGAACACCUCGUAUUUCUACGAAGGGAAUGACAUCAGUGACCUACCUGUCAACUUGUCUGUGGUCUGGAAUGGGAACUUCGUCAUUGACAACCCCCAGAACAUCCAGGCCCACCUGUACAAGUGCUCGGCGCUGCGGGAGAGCUGCGGGCUGUGCCUCAAGGCCGACCCGCGCUUCGAGUGCGGCUGGUGCGUGUCAGAGAGACGCUGCUCGCUGCGGCAGCACUGCCUGGCCUAUGAGAGCAGCUGGAUGCACGCCAGCAGCGGGAACAGCCGCUGCACCGACCCCAAGAUCACCAAGCUGUCACCUGAGACCGGCCCCAGACAAGGAGGGACCCGUCUGACCAUCACUGGGGAGAACCUGGGCCUGAAGUUUGAAGAUGUUCGCUGGGGCGUUCGAGUCGGCAAAGUGAUGUGCAUCCCCAUCGAGAGCGAGUACAUCAGUGCUGAGCAGAUCGUGUGCGAAAUCGGAGAUGCCAGUCCGAGCAAGGUCCACGAGGUGCGGGUGGAAGUGUGCAUCCGCGACUGCUCGCCCAGCUACCGGGCCACGUCCCCCAAGAGCUUCACCUUUGUGACACCCACUUUCUCCCGUGUGGUCCCAGCCCGGGGCCCUCUCUCUGGUGGCACCUGGAUCGCCAUCGAAGGCAGCCACCUCAACGCCGGCAGCAAUGUCUCUGUCACCAUCGGGGGACGGCCCUGUGCUUUUUCAUGGAGAAGCGCCCGCGAGAUCCGGUGCAGGACGCCCCCCGGGCACACCCCCGGUGGCUCCCCCAUCCUCAUCAACAUCAACCGCGCCGAGCUGAGCAACCCAGAGGUGAAGUACAACUACACGGAGGACCCCACCAUCCAGAAGAUCGAUCCCGAGUGGAGCAUCAACAGCGGUGGGACACUGCUGACCGUGACUGGCACCAACCUGGCCACAAUCAAAGAGCCCAGGAUCCGGGCCAAGUACUCCAGCUCUGAAAGGGAGAACAACUGCACCGUCUACAACGACACCACCAUGGUGUGCUACGCGCCCUCCAUCGACAACCCCCUGCGGAGACCACCGGAGCUCGGCGACCGCCCGGAUGAGAUUGGUUUCAUCAUGGAUAAUGUCCAGGCCCUGCUGAUCGUCAACACCACCAACUUCGUCUACUACCCAGACCCUGUCUUUGAGCUUCUCAGCCCCACAGGGAUGCUGGAGCUGAAGCCCAGCUCACCCCUUAUCCUCAAGGGCAGGAACCUGCUCCCGCCGGCUGCUGGGAACUCCCGCUUGAACUACACGGUGCUGAUCGGCGACACUCCCUGCACCUUGACGGUCUCCGAGACCCAGCUCCUGUGCGAGUCCCCCAACCUCACCGGCCAGCACAAAGUCACGAUUAAGGCUGGAGGGUUCGAGUUCUCCCCGGGGACGCUGCAGAUCUACUCGGACAGCCUGCUCACCCUACCCGCCAUCAUCGGGAUUGGCGGUGGGGGUGGGCUGCUCCUCCUCAUCAUCAUCAUUGUCCUCAUCGCCUACAAGCGCAAAUCCCGGGAUGCCGACCGGACCCUGAAACGCCUCCAGCUGCAGAUGGACAACCUGGAGUCCCGGGUGGCCCUGGAGUGCAAAGAGGCCUUUGCUGAGCUGCAGACAGACAUUAACGAGCUGACCAACGACCUGGACGGGGCUGGCAUACCCUUUCUGGAUUACCGCACCUACGCCAUGCGGGUUCUCUUCCCGGGGAUAGAAGACCAUCCUGUGCUGAAGGAGAUGGAGGUCCAGGCGAAUGUGGAGAAGUCCUUGACCCUCUUUGGGCAGCUCUUGAACAAGAAGCACUUCUUGCUGACCUUCAUCCGCACUCUGGAGGCUCAGAGGAGCUUCUCCAUGCGGGACCGUGGCAACGUGGCGUCCCUCAUCAUGACGGCACUGCAGGGCGAGAUGGAGUAUGCCACGGGUGUGCUGAAGCAGCUCCUCUCCGACCUCAUCGAGAAGAACCUGGAGAGUAAGAACCACCCCAAGCUGCUCUUGCGGAGAACGGAAUCAGUGGCAGAGAAGAUGCUGACGAAUUGGUUCACGUUUCUGCUGUACAAGUUUCUGAAGGAGUGUGCUGGGGAACCGCUCUUCAUGCUCUACUGUGCCAUCAAGCAGCAGAUGGAGAAGGGACCCAUCGAUGCCAUCACGGGAGAGGCUCGCUACUCCCUCAGCGAAGACAAGCUCAUCCGGCAGCAGAUUGACUACAAAAUGCUGACCCUCAACUGUGUGAACCCUGAGAACGAGAAUGCCCCGGAGAUCCCUGUCAAGGUGCUGAACUGCGACACCAUCACGCAGGUGAAAGAGAAGCUGCUGGACGCCGUCUACAAGGGGGUGCCCUAUUCCCAGCGACCCAAAGCUGGAGACAUGGACCUGGAGUGGCGGCAGGGCAGGAUGGCCCGGAUCAUACUGCAGGACGAAGAUGUCACCACAAAAAUUGACAAUGACUGGAAGAGGCUAAACACCCUGGCCCACUACCAGGUGACGGACGGCUCCUCCGUAGCCCUGGUGCCCAAGCAGAACUCGGCGUACAACAUCUCCAACUCCUCCACCUUCACCAAGUCCCUCAGCAGAUACGGUGAGCGCGCGGGGGCACCCGCCGCUGUGCUGGCCGGGGAGGCAGCACCGGGCUGGGCUGGCAGACCAAGGCCCAGGGCAGAGAGCAUGCUGCGGACAGCCAGCAGCCCCGACAGCCUGCGCUCGCGGACCCCCAUGAUCACCCCCGACCUGGAGAGCGGCACCAAGCUCUGGCAUCUGGUGAAAAAUCACGACCACAUGGACCAGCGGGAGGGUGACCGGGGCAGCAAGAUGGUCUCCGAAAUCUACCUGACCCGCCUGUUAGCCACCAAGGGCACCCUGCAGAAAUUUGUGGACGACCUGUUUGAGACCAUCUUCAGCACAGCACAUCGUGGGAGCGCCUUGCCCCUUGCCAUCAAAUACAUGUUUGACUUCCUGGAUGAGCAAGCUGAUAAGCAUCAGAUCAAUGAUUACGAUGUCAGGCACACCUGGAAGAGUAACUGUCUACCUCUACGUUUUUGGGUGAAUGUGAUUAAGAAUCCCCAGUUUGUGUUCGACAUUCACAAGAACAGUAUUACUGAUGCCUGCCUAUCUGUGGUGGCUCAGACAUUCAUGGACUCCUGCUCAACUUCUGAGCACAAGCUAGGAAAAGACUCUCCCUCCAACAAACUACUGUAUGCCAAGGAUAUCCCCAACUACAAGAGCUGGGUGGAAAGAUAUUAUGCAGAUAUAGCUAAAAUGCCAGCGAUCAGUGACCAGGACAUGAGCGCGUACCUGGCGGAGCAGUCACGGUUACACCUCAGCCAGUUCAACAGCAUGAGCGCGCUGCACGAGAUUUACUCCUACAUCACCAAGUACAAGGACGAGAUUUUAGCCGCGCUGGAGAAGGACGAGCAGGCCCGGCGGCAGCGGCUGAGGAGUAAGCUGGAGCAGGCGAUCGACACAAUGGCCUUAAGCAGCUGAGAAGGCGGUGGCGGUGCCAGCAUCCUGGGCGGUGGAGGCGGCAGGAGGGACCGGUUGGCCAGGGGCAGCUGCGGGCAGAGAAGACUUUGGGCUGGGGCCGGCCGGACCCGCGGGAGCUGCCGUUGCCUCCGCACGCUUCCCACGAACGAACAAGGAAACCUCGCGCUUUAGCGAAAAAAAAACAAAAAACCACACACGAAUCCCGAUGACAGCAGCAACAUCGAUGAGACCCCCCCGACACACACAGAUGACCCCCGAUCCAUCUGGGACGCAGCAGGGACCUUGCAGAGGCGAUGCCGGGUGGAAGAGAAGGGGGUCGCCCUCCAUGGACCCACUGGGCAUCCCUUGCCCAGGCAGAGCCCCCGAGGAA